GUGUAUUAUUGCGUAGGUAUUAUUGAUGCUACACAUUAUUGAUGCUAAGUUACCGUCGUAUCAGUCCGGUGACUAAGUUUGGCUGGCCAGGGCGGUAACCUUGAAGCAAGCUGAACUCCCCGGUCGGCACUUUCAGUUGGGCCACAACACCACAACACCACAACACCACAACACCACCACCACCACCACCACCACACUACCACCGUCGUCGUCGUCAUCAUUAUCAUCAUCAUCCCCGGUUCUACUCCCCGACCCAUGGCCACCACUACCCCACUCACCGGGGGCUGCUUAUGCCAGAAGAUCACCUACCGUGUGGAUCUUCCCCCCACCGAACCCGCCCCCAAGAUCAUCCUCUGCCACUGCACCAGCUGCAAGCGCUACACCGGCUCCGCCUUCUCCUCCAACCUCAUCGUCCCCGCGGCCGCCCUGGUCUUCACCACCGGCACCCCCAAGCUGUACCUCGGCCACAGCGACCGCGGACCCCCCGUGCGCCGGCAAUUCUGCGCGGACUGCGGCACCCCCUUCACCUCGCAGCCGGGAGACAACGACGAGAUCAUCAUCCUCAAGACGGGGACGUUAGACGAGGCGAGUCGCGUGCGCUGCGGGGAGGUGGGACUGGCGAUCUGGGGGCGGAGUAAGGACGCGUGGCUGGACCAGAUUGGCCGUGUGCGGUGCUUGGAGACGAGUAUGGGGUAG